AAUCCUCUCGUUUCAGGACUUUUGGCGACGAUGUUGCUGUCGCAAGAUAUACACCAGCCCCUGGACAACAGCGACGCGUUGUGGAGCCAGUUGUGCUACACCUCGGGGACGCCCUACAAGGCCAACAGGAGUCAAAGAGGGAAGGACUUGAAGGACACCGAGGCCAAGUACGUUUGCAAUAGGUGCGGGAAAACUUACAAGGCGACGACGUCUCUGAGUCGUCACAAGCGACUCGAGUGCGGCGUCGUGCCCUGCGAGGUCUGUCCCAUCUGCGAUCGGAGAUUCAAGCACAGAUUCGUCCUCAACUCUCACAUCGUCGGCUGCCAGAGGAAGCUCCGGCAUAUUAUGGAGAAGAGCGAAGACUCGCCAAUGUACAACGAAGAACGAGAGUAGCGCUCGCAUCGUUCGAAUUCUUCCGCGCGUAGGUCAGUCCCCUGAGAUUUUCAGAAUACACCGAGUAGAUGUUUUACCGCAUUGAUGGGUGUAUGCUAUGUCUAAUUAAUCGAUUUUUAAUAUUCCUGGGGACCGAUCUACGACACGUCACUCGCUCGACAACAGGGUUGGACAAAUAUUCGAUCUAUCGUAAGGGACUGUUCUUCGCGAUUGAAUUUUACGAAUAACAAUACAGUUUUGCCCACCUCUGCGUGUUAACAGCCUGCCCAUCGAUAAGCAGGUCUGAAAUCUGUCGCCACGACCGCGACGCGAUCGGAAAGAUCUUCGCCCAACGGUUACCUGUGCAUCGAACCUUAACCGUUCUUCCAACUUGCCAGUCGUCUGCACGUUGAAGCUUUAAGAAAGUAUUUGUUUUUUUUUUUCAGGCCAAAAAAUAGACAUUCUUGUGGAAGCCAUUUUCUAAAAUGUCCUUUUGCAUGGAAUGCAGUAUACUUCAAACCUCCGAAUAUUUAACACGAAUAUUUUAAACGCUAUAUUCGAACAGAAAAUGUAGAUUGGAUCUUUUUCUCCCCAAAAAAUGAAUACUUUCUUAAGCCAUUAUUCCAUCCGAACAACGCGAUUUUCGAUAGAGAUGAUUAAAAUUUCAUUUGAAUAACAAUAGUAAAAUUUCUCACUACGCUCAUUGUAGAAUAAACAUUUGUUUUUAUUCAAGGAGUAACUGAUACACGGUUUCUUUAUCUUCGCACUCGAUUCGUGUCUCACUUGCGGCUCCACGCGUCGUUCGGAUGGUGGAAGGGUCUGAAUCUCCUUUACUUUGUAUUUCUCCUCAUUUGUACAGCUUUGCCCAAGAAACGAAGAAAAGACAAUUGCUCUAAGGAAGCUAUCGCCGUAAGGCUCGUGGUCUCCUCGUAUAUUGAACGAAUAGGAGAAAGGGGCUUCGAAAGAUUUAAAGUAACUAAGCAAUGGGUGCUCGUCCAACGCAAUUUAGAAUAUUAAACGAACCCCCCUUCUUUCCAACACUCUGCGAAGUUAAGAAUGCCCGGCACUUUUUGAUUCUAGCCGACGUUCGGAGAAUAUCGUUCGAGCUCGAUGAACUUUUAUAAUAAUACGAUAAAUUGACGACAUUUAUAUUCGAACUUGGUAAAUUUUAAGUAGUAUAGAUCAUCGAUGUUUACGUAACGAUUUCGUAGCGACGAAAGAACUUUUUUACUCCGAGGAUGCAUUUACGGUUACGUAAUUGUUUUGUACAGCAUCUAAUCUUGUUUUUUUUUAAUUCGCAUUGAGGGAAAACCGAGUGUGUGUAAUUAUAUCAUAACGAAUUGAAAUGUGUUUACUUCGAUGAAACGCGUACCAAAAGACAUUUGGACCGUGAAGUUUUAUAUGUACUGAUAAAUAAACGAAUAUGAACGAGCAAUGCGAUGCUAUUAAAUUGCCUAAAAUCGGACGUGCCUCGACGAACUGCGUCCUGAUCGAGGUUUACUUAUCCUAUCUGGUCGGCACCUUAACUCAAAUAUUACUGAAACAUUUUU